CCACAACUCCUCCAUCACCGACAAUCUGUCCAAGACACUAAGGAGACGCGGAUACCGGUCAUCUGGAUGUCGCAGAGAGGGAAUACUCGGAGUAGAGCCGGAUGUCUGACCUGCAGACAACGUCACGUCCGAUGCGACGAGCACCGUCCAUCAUGCCAAACAUGCCUUGCUGGUAACCGAUCAUGCAAAUAUGCUGCCCCAGUGGUCCCACUUCGGGAUCGAAGGAUGCUGCAAAAGAAUGUACUCCCACCUGGUCAGCAAGCUCCAUGGGCAUUGGAAAAGGCAGAUGGCUUGACUGGUCGAAAGUUGGCACCGGGUUCGGCCAUGGACCCUUUUGAUACACUUCCUAUCAAAAUGCCGUUCAAGUCACAAGAAUUAUACCACUACUUCUAUCACACCGGGAUGGCCUUUUCGGUGGCUCCAGCAGAUCCAAAAUAUGACUGUAUUGCUCUGGCAACGCACGAUGAACAUGCACUCCGAAGUACGCUUCUGCUUGCGGGUAUCCACUAUUGCUGGAACACCGGCAAUUUGCAGGAUUAUGAGUCCGCUUUUCUUUUCCACAAGGUUGAGAGCAUACGCAUCGUCAAUUCUUGGCUUGGGGCUGCUGGCUCCAAAACCUUUCUCGCCUGUGUGAGACAGAUCUUGACGAUCUCCCUAUCUGAGGCGUGCCUUGGUAACCUGGCUGCUGCAGAGACUCACCUCAACGGUGUCAUGACCCUUUUCGACUCUCAUGGACCGGCAGCCAAUGCCCAUAAUAACGAUGAUAUAGAUAGCGAGCUCGCUAGUCGCUAUCUUCUUCUAGCAUCAUGCUUUGUACUUGCCUUGAAAAGUCGUCUUGAAGACUUUACGCUCUUUCGCAUGGCCCAUGGUAUCGACCCCAACGACGAUUCCUCAGCCGAGGCCUUGCGUCUCAUGAAAAUGUGGCAUAAAAUAGAGCCCGGUGGCCUUGAAACCAGAUUAAAGGCUGUACGCCUGUUCCCGUAUUUUUUCAGCCCGCCCCCGAUUCAUGGCAGUCGGCGUAAAUCAGUAGAUGCUGUGCCUAUCAUCGACUGCCUCAGAAACAUGACAGAGGCAGCAGAUCGGGUUUGCGCCAAUCCCACAGCUGAGAAUAUUAACCGAGUCUGGAACGAUGGCGGUCCUACAAAGCUCCUCCUGAUUCUGGUUACUUCUCACAUAUCAUCUUUUGCCAAUGAUAAUGAGAACCAAGGCCCUGGAGAAACGCCGUCGCAACCACUCCUUCACUCCUCGUGGAGCGGCAUCUCUGCAGUAGUGGAGCUGUACAUGCACAGUGUGCUCAACAUCCUCAACGCAGGCGAGCCACUCGAGUACCGGCUCCUGUACCGCAUCAUUCUAAUAUUGAAGCGGGACGUCGAACAGACCCGUCCCGAUCUGGGCGGAAUUCACGGUAGCUUUCGUCAAUCCCUUUGGUUCUGGAAGGCGUUUCUCGGUGCUCUAGCUCUGUCUCAACAUAUGAGUAUUGAUACGUGGACCUCCACGCCUGAAAAAUGGCCGUGUGAGGCGGAGCUUCAGGAUCUCUAUGAAUGGUUUGGCGAUUGUGUUCGAGCCUGGAGUGCUGUCACUGGAACGACAGAUUGGAAUGUUGUGCAAUCUCGGCUAGCAAUGUUUGCCUGGCCAGCCGCAUCAUCUCGCGAUGGAAAGGGAUUUGGAGCGAAUAUAUGGGCUCAGAUGAAGAAGACUUACGGUUGAUGACAUAAAAGCAGUAUAAAAGUAUAAAAUUCAGCUAAUGCUAAUUUGUAUUUUAUGGCAGUGGUUUCGAAUAUUUCCCUCUUCGAUAUUUGGAUCAAUACAAAUAUUCAUCAAUUAUUUAAGCCCUAACCAAUGAGAUCGAGAUGUUGGAACACCC